AGGAUGAUUGGAAGGAGUUUGAGCAAAAGGAAGAAAUCGAUUAUAGUGGUCUUAGAGUUCAGUCCAUGCAAAUAAGUGAAAAAGAAGAUGAUGAAAGUGAAAAAAGAGAAGAACCUGGUGAAAAUUGGGAGGAGACUGGUGGUGUUGUAGACAGAUCAUCUGGUCCUUGGAACAAGUCGGCUCCUGCUCCAGCACCUGUCAUUGAACCGACUGUUACAGAAACCCCUGAACCAGUCCAGACGGGGGGUGUGUACCGGCCGCCUGGCGCCAGGGAGGGCGGCAGGCCACGGAGGGCACAGCAAGGACCACCAGAGAUCUAUAGUGACACGCAGUUCCCAUCACUGCAGUCCACCGCCAAGCUUGUGGACAGCCGGAAGGAUAAAGAAAUGGAGAAGAGCUUUGAAGUAGUAAAACACAAAACUAGAGGUAGGGAUGAGGUCUCAAAAAACCAAGCACUUAAACUUCAGCUAGACAACCAGUAUGCUGUGCUUGGAGAUCAGUAGAGCUGCAUACACAUUACAAUUAAGGAAUGCUUUUUUGGUAACCCUUCUACUAAGGUAACUAAACUACAGCUAACGGCUAUGAUGAACAUGCCACCUUAUUUCUGCUGGAUCUACUGCAGCAAGUGCAGACUGCUUUGACAUAAGUGAUUGGUUCUGCUGCACUGUGGAAGCAUACUAUGUUACAACUUCUCCAUUGGAUAUGGGGCAGAUUAAUAUCAAUGAUUGAACAAGAGUCAUCAGUGUUCUUUAAUUGCUCAGAAAGAUACCUACAGCCAGUGGUCAUUUCAAAAUCUUUUUAUGUUCAGAUACUGAGCCUUCGUAAAGGUUGACUACCUCAGACUUGCUGCACUCAUUGUGGAUACCAUGUGGAUCACAACUUCUGGAAGAGAAGGUUACAGCUGUUUUAGUGGCCAUCUGAAACUUGAAACCAGCUCUACUGGAUUCCUGUCAGAAAUCCUGCAGAAGUCAGCCAUUUGGUUCCAAUUUGCUAUAACAAAGAUUUAAGUGACCUUAAUGACAAACCUAUUCCGUUCCCCUUCUGAGGAAUCCUGUCAUGUGUAGCCGUAGCCUACCAGAGACUCCUGAAGCGUUCCAUACCACUCAUACUAUCCAAGUAUAACAGAGCUGUAGUUUGUUUACCUUUUUAGAUAGCUGUGCUGAAGUAACUGCAAAACAAAUUGAAACUCAUUCAGUAUCAGAUUUGAGGAAUUAUGGGUUUGAAUGAUCUGUUUGCAUUAGCCAUUUUCACAGUUGUCUGUUUAAGCAUUUUUUUAAAUUGCGUUCUCCACAAAAAAAAAAAUGCCUGCCUUGUUUCUGGUAUCAAAUUGCAGCAUAUUUAAAUAACCAUGAGAUGUUGUAAUGAAAUAGGGUCUCUUCUGGUUUUUUGUCAUGGGGUUUGUCUUUCUCACCCCUAAAGCACUAAGACUUAAGAGUUCUGAUUUGACACAGAGGUAUACAGACUCCAACGAUGGUCUUGUUGAAUUUGCCUUC